AUGGUUUCUGAUACAACAUUCAAUCUAAAAAAUUCAAUUGUUUUUUGUAAGAAAACAAAAUAUGGCCAGAUUGAUUAUUUUAUGUAAGAUGGUUGGCUAAUACUAGUUGAUUCUAGUGUUUCACAAUUAGAAUAUUAUGUAAAGUAAAAUUUUGAAUACCUAAACGCCUUAGAAUCUUUAACCUUAUCUUUUUGUAAGAAAGUUGAUAAAUAAGUGGAUUACAGUCAUUAGAUUGAAGAAACAAGUUUUAAAUUCUUAUUAAUUAACCAAAAGUUACAAAAAGGCUUUUAUGAAUCAGAAGUAAAUUUAGAUGAUGAAAUAGGAAAGCUGAUUGGAUAAACAAGCUUAAGAUAAUUAAAAAUGGAUGUGUAAGUAAAGUCAAACGAAAAAAAGAGACAAACAGGAAAGGAAUUCACUCUCUUUGAGAAAUUAAUUUAUUACUAUACAACAGAUGCUUUAUAUCGUUAAUUAAAUGGAUUAUUUGCUGAAUCAAGUUAUGAAAGUAUAGAACAAAUAAUGUGUACACUGUUUGACGGUUAUUCCAAACUGUAGUAAAAAUAAUUAGCUUAAAAUACAUUAUUCAGAGGGAUAAAUAUUUGGGAUGAGAAAAUCUUCAAUGAAAUCAUGGAUUAAUUAAAAUAAUGUGAAAAAGAUAAAACAUCUAUCUUUUGGAACGCUUUAACAAGUACAACAAUUUAAAAAAGAUGUGCUGAAAAUUUUAUGGGGAAUAAGUAGGGCAUUUUAUUUGAAAUAACAUUAAGUAAAAUAAAUCCUCAUCCGUAUUUUAUAUUAGAAUCAUAUCACUCAAGAUAUUCUAAUGAAAAGGAAGUUCUUUUAUUUCCUCAAUUUUAAUUUAAAAUUGUAGAAAUUAAAACUCAAGGUAGGAACUAUUAUUGUAGAAUCUAACAAAUUGACAAUAAUCUUUCAAUGGCUUUGAAUAGCAGUUAGAGAGAGAAAUAUUGGUAGGAAAGGAUUAAUAAUGAACUUAAACCAAAAUUGCACACCCUUGCUUCGUUUUAACAAAUUAGAAUUAAUGAAAUGCUUUCAAUACAAGUAAAAUAACAAAUUUCUUAAGCAGAUUAACAAUUUACCUUCAAGCAGAAUUCAUCAAAUUAUUUUUAAAGUUUAGUGUCUUAGCUUUAAAAGUUUUGUGAUAAUUAGGAAGUCCAUAUAAAUUAUCUUAGUAAACUUUUAUCACUAAUUACAACUUAGAUCGAUUUUAAUGAUGCUUUAAAUAAAGAAUAUUUAUAAGAGUCAAAGAUAUUAAUUAAAAAAUGUUCAGAACGUUUGAUUAAUGAAUUUAUACUAUUAGUUAAAAAGAUAUAUAACCUUGAAAACUUUAAGAACGAUAUAUAAAAAUUAGUGUAAAAUCGCAUUGAAUAGGUUGAGAUACAGAGCAAGUAGAACUAAGAUAAAAGGGAUUUGAAUGAGGAAUUGCUUUAAAGGUAACAGUUUUAAACACUUACUCCCAGUCCUUAAUAAGAAUAAAAAUAUAAAAGGAGGAUUGGGAUUUGCUUUGAUUCUCUCGAUGAUUCGAAUGAUAAUUAUGAAUAUUUUGAUAAAUGUUUAAGCCUAUCUAAUAAAGACCUAAAGUCAAGUGGAAUAAGGUAUAGUAACAUCUUUAAUCCGGAAUACAAUAAAAGAUGGAAUAAAUAUCAAACAAAAGCAUAGAGAGGACCCCCAUAUCAUAGAUAUGAUUAUAAAUAUCCAACAGAAUGUUUUGGAGUUGGAUUAGAUGUAAGAGUAUACGGAUAAAAUUAAGAUUGGCUUAAAAAAGAUGGCAAUCCAAAUGAAUGGAGAAUUCUGUUUCAUGGCACAAAAUCUGAUAAUGUCAGUUAAAUAGUGAAAAAUGGUUUUCAACCUGGACGUUUUUAGUUUUAUAGAAAUGACAUAUGCCAAGAUGAAUUUGGACAGACAACUAAAGUUGAUGUAGGAAUUUAUUUUGCAGAUUCAAUAGAAUCGGCAUUGGUCUAUGCCCCAUAUGAGAGAAUUUGGGAUAAAACUUAUGCUGUUAUUAUUAUGGUAAGAGCUAAUCCUAGAAAAAUAAGACAAUCCUAAUCUAUGCGAAGGGAAGGCUAUUUUUUAGUUAACGAUUCGGAAGAUAUAAGGCCUUAUAGAAUUCUAUUACACGAGAAAUAAUGA